UGGCCUUGGCGCCUUGUAAUCAGGAAACUAAUCUAGUCUACCUCCUCUAAUGGUUGGACGUUUAUUUGUUGUGUGAGUAAACUCAAGGGUCGCAUUACAACAUAGAGAAAGUCAUAGCACUAAAAGGAAGCAAGGCUAAAAGGCCCCGCCAAACAGAUGUCAAAACGGACGAGUCCAAGUCGACCCCAGAAGGAAAUAUGCUGACGUACCAGUGAUUUUCUUAAGAGAGCAAAUCGUUGAGUCGUUUAAUCAUAUGUUGAUAAUCGUGAGUAUUACUCGGAGAAAACAAUCUUAUUUUCUUCACAAAAAUGUAUAAUGCGACCAACGCGACAGAAGCGCCCCAAGCUCAGAUGGACUUUGUAGUGGAACCGCUGGGUCUUCGAAUUUUUCGACUCACGGUGUAUGUGAUUAUAUUCUUGCUGGCAACGUUUGGAAACGCUCUCGUAAUUUUUGUGGUUUAUAAAACAAGAGAACUGCAUACAGUAACGGGUUUUCUAAUUGCUAAUCUUGCUGUGGCUGAUCUUGGAGUGGGGAUGCUUUGUAUUCCAUUCACUGUCGUGUAUUUUGAACUGGAUUUUCACUGGCCAUUUGGUGCCUUCAUGUGUAAGCUCCUUCCUGCGCUCAUGGCUUGCUUCGUUAUGGGAUCAGUGGGAACAAUGUUGGCAAUUUCAUUAGAUCGCCAUCAAUCCAUAGUGCAUCCAUUUGGUAUGCGCAUCACACGGUAUCAAGGCAAGCUGAUCAUGUUGUUAAUAUGGCUGAUAGCUCUUCUCCCAGCGCUCCCAAUGCUGGGAGUCAUGACUACUGAACCAUAUCGAGCAGGCGUCGCCUGUAAAGAGGACUGGCCAAGAACAACUGGAAUGCCCUACUCUAAAAUAUACUUAUUGUGCACUUUUGCCUUGACCUACGCUAUUCCUCUUCCAAUUAUGAUACUUAUCUACAUAAAGAUCGGUCUUAAACUUCGGAGAGCUAUCAAAGAGGGGGCUGAUAGACCGGGGUUUACACAGGCUCAGGCCACAAAACGGAUCAUCAAAAUGUUGGCAGCUGUGGUUGUUUGUUAUGCGUUAUGUUUCCUUCCUUUCCACACCCUGUAUUUCAUGAUGGACUUUGGAGGAUAUCAAUCCAGAUACGUGUACAUCAUGCAGUCCUACUUCCAAGUCCUGAUGUAUGGAAACAGCGCAACGAACCCAGUUUUGUACGCUUUCCUUGGAGACCAAUUCAAGAAAGGAUUUAGAAGAGCGAUUCGUGGUGGAAGCCAAAGAGGUUUUUACACACAGCGAAGCACUGUGAGCACUCGAGCUAGUUCAAUCCGUUAAAAAAAAGUUUGCACCCGCGAUGAGAUUUCCGAUGACCUGGCUAUUGUCACUCUACUAAGUUCUUUGAAGAACCUGAAUAAGAUCGUACAAGAACAAAGAUUAGGAGAUAUUGAUCGUAUGAGGUUCUUCUCCAAUCGCUAAACCAAACAUUUAUAAACGCACCACAUUAGGUGUCACAUGGAAUUGAUCCUUGGCAAGCCUUACAACAAGUCACUCGCAAAUGAAACGAUAAGAAGCGAUUAGAUGAUAGUUGAAGACUCUAGCUUUUGCAGACAUUGGACGACCACGAAAGCUUCUUAUGAGUUUUGUUACUUAGUUUGUGACUGGCACGCGCUAAAAUUUAGAAGUUCUAUUUUCGUUUUCAAAGUCCAGGAUUGUAUUUGUCAGCUUCAUUUGAAAGCUCGCGACCUCUGGGGAAGAGAAUGCUCACGUUCUAUAUCGGCAGAACUGAAACUUAUGAGCAAAUUAACUGCUGAGAAGGAUAAAACAGCCAAACCCGUAGAGAUGAAGAACUUCCUUAGCGCAUAAUCAGUUUCGUUUGAAUGUUCACGAUCAUUUCAAACUUGCAGGAAGCAACGUAGAUCUAGAAUGUAUAUGUGUUUCUCUUGCCUUAUGUAACACUUACGGUAAAUGCAAGAACUGAUCUAAUUUCUAGAAAGUGGAUGAGCGCGUCCGUUGUUGGCUGCUAAGGAAAGACACUGAGGUCAAAAUUUUUGAGGUGUGUUGGCUUUUGAAGUAGAUGCAUGCUUUGCACCACAAAUCUACAUCAAAUCCGUGCAUAAGCAAAUCUCUUUAUCUUCGGCCCAUCUGGCUGGGAAUCAGAAACUCUGGGGAGUGAAUCCCUGUGGGAUCAUGCAAUAGUCCUUUUUGCAGUUGUGGGCUUGGUGGCCAAGCCUUUGAACAGGAGUGAGGCUUAGGGUGACCUUGUUAUG